CUUCAGAUUCCGUCCUCCCCGCUACUUUGACUCGUAGUCGCUAAAUGGCGUUGCUCAUUGUGGGAGGCUGCGGUUAAUAACUAUUCCUUCCCUGCAUUUGCGAAUUGAUCCCGUCUGUGGUGAAAACGAUGGCGACGUUGGACCAGAAAUCCCCCAACGUCCUCCUGCAGAGCCUGUGCUGCAGAAUCACGGGGAAAAGCGAAGCUGAAGUCGCCCACCAGUUUCAGUAUGCCGUCCGAGUCAUCGGCAACAACUACGCUCCCACUUUUGAGCGAGACGAGUUCCUGGUGUCGGAGAAGAUCAAGAAGGAACUGGUGAAGCAGAGGAGGGAGGCGGACGCUGCUCUCUUCUCAGAGCUGCACCGAAAACUCCAGACUCAGGGUGUUCUGAAGCACCGCUGGGCGGUUCUUUACCUGCUGCUGAUUCUCUCUGAAGACCCCCGCAAACCAUCCUCCAGGGUUGGAAACUACGGGGGCCUGUUUGCCCAGGCCCUCCCCAGGGACGCCCACUCCACCCCGUUUUACUGCACUCGGCCCCAGAGCCUGUCGCUGGGUCACGGGGAACGGACCGCCGCCCUGGUGGGGAGCGUCGGGACCAGCGGGAUUUCCAGCUUGGGGGUGUACACGCUGAACGGCCCCACGCCACAGUCGCUGCUGGGGGGUCAGGUGCCUCCGUCUGCCGCUGGAGCUGCUCCAACUCUGGGCUCACGGUUAGCCUGGGCUCUUCCCAUAAGCUCCUCCCCUUCUGCAUUGGCCCCGCCCAGCGCCCGACUUCCCCUCGGACCUCCGGUGCCGACGGCCAGAGUGAUCCGUCCUCGCCAAGACGCCGAUCUGACUGGUGAGGUCCACGAGGCUGCGCUGGUGCGGGACAUCCUGUACGUCUUCCAGGGAAUCGACGGGAAGUUCAUCAAGAUGAACGUCCAGGAGAACUGCUACAAAAUCGACAGCAAGGUGGUGCUAUGCAAAUCCCUGAGGGACACCAGCAGCAGACUGGCCGAACUGGGCUGGCUCCACAACAAAGUGCGGAAGUACACGGACGCCAGGAGCCUGGACCGGGCCUUCGGGUUGGUGGGGCAGAGCUUCUGUGCCGCGCUCCAUCAGGAGCUGAAGGAGUACUACCGGCUCCUCUCGGUCCUCCACUCACAGGUAAACCCGCUACGGGAGGAGGAGGCGCCUCAAGUCCACCGUGUUUUUCUGCAGGUGGAGGACGAACACGGCGUGACCAUGUGCACCGAGAGCAGUUUGACCCUCAGGAGGCUGCUGGUCUGGAUGUACGACCCCAAGGUUCGCCUCAAAACGCUCGCCGCCCUCGUCGACUUCUGCCAAGGCCGAAAGGGGGGCGAGCUGGCCUCGGCGGUCCACGCUUACGGCAAAACGGGCGACCCUCAGAUGAGGGCGCUGGUUCAGCACAUCCUCUGCCUGGUGUCACACCCCAUCCUCAACUUCCUGUACCGGUGGAUCUACGACGGGGAGCUGGAGGACACCUACCACGAGUUCUUCGUAGCUUCAGACCCCAACGUGAAGACGGACCGUCUGUGGCACGACAAGUACUCCCUCAGGAAGUCCAUGAUCCCCUCCUUCAUCACCAUGGACCAGGCCCGCAAGGUGCUGCUCAUCGGAAAGUCCAUCAACUUCCUGCAUCAGGUCUGUCACGACAGAACGCCGCCCGGCAAGAUCACGCCAGCCUCCAAACCUGCAGACACGCCCAAAGACGCUGCAGAGCUCCUGUCCGACCUGGAGGGGGCGUUCCAGGAGAAAAUCGAUGCCGCUUAUUUCGACACCAGCAAAUAUCUGCUGGAUGUCCUGAACCGCAACUACCUGCUUCUGGAGCACCUCCAGGCCAUGAGGCGAUACCUGCUGCUGGGCCAGGGGGACUUCAUCCGACACCUGAUGGAUCUGCUGAAGCCUGAACUGGCUCGCCCUGCUACCACCUUAUACCAACACAACCUGACCGGUAUCCUGGAGACGGCCAUCAGAGCCACCAACGCGCAGUACGACAACGCCGAGAUCCUGAAGAGGCUUGACGUGCGCCUGCUGGAGGUGUCCCCCGGCGAUACGGGCUGGGACGUCUUCAGCCUGGACUAUCACGUGGACGGCCCCAUCGCCACGGUGUUCACCAGGGAGUGCAUGGGCCACUACCUGCGCGUCUUCAACUUCCUGUGGAGGGCCAAAAGGAUGGAGUACACGCUCACCGACAUCUGGAAGGGACAGAUGUGCAACGCCAAGCUGCUCAAAACCAUGCCCGAACUGUCCGGCGUCCUGCAUCAGUGUCACAUCUUGGCCUCGGAGAUGGUCCACUUCAUCCACCAAAUGCAGUACUACAUCACCUUUGAGGUCCUGGAGUGUUCGCGGGACGAGCUGUGGAACAAGGUGCAGCAGGCCCAGGAUCUGGAUCACAUCAUCGCGGCUCACGAAGUCUUCCUGGACACCAUCAUCUCCAGAUGCCUGCUGGACAACAACAGCAGGUCUCUCCUGAACCAGCUGAGGGCCAUUUUUGACCAGAUCAUCGAGUUCCAGAACGCCCAGGACUCGCUGUACCGCUCCGCCCUGGAGGAGCUGGCCCUCCGCCUGCAGUACGAGGAGAAGAAGCGGCAGAGAGAGGAGGAGGGGGAGUGGGGGGUGACGGCCGAACAGGAAGCCGAGGAGAAGAGGCGGGUCCAGGAGUUCCAGGGCACCAUUCCAAAGAUGCGCUCCCAGCUCCAAAUCCUCACUCACUUCUACCAGAGCAUCGUGCAGCAGUUCCUGGUGCUGCUGACGACCAGCCCGGACGAGAGCUUACGCUUCCUGAGCUUCAGGCUGGACUUCAACGAGCACUACAGGGCCAGAGAGCCGAGGCUGCGCGCGUCCAUCGGUGCCACGAGGGGGCGGCGGCUGUCAUACAUCUGACAGAGCACCGUGGCAACACGCCCCCGUCCGAACGCCACGCAGGACCCCGGUGGCAAAGUGAUGACGUCGGCAGAGACGGCUCUGAUGAGGUCAGCUGGGCGGCACCUCCCCCCCUCCAGGAAGACAAGGACUUCCUAAACCUGCAGGUCACCUCGGAGUCUGGUGACGGCGUGAGGAGGCGGCGCCGUCGGAGCGAGCUCUCCGACCCACACAAGGCCUCACGGCACGCCUUAACCACAGCAGAACACUGUGCGUCCACGCCACCAUGGAGGCGUUUCCUCGCAAGGGCUCCACCCACCCAGGUGUGACGCGUUUCCUGUCCGUGCUGUUUGCAGUGUUUCCAAUCGAACUUUAUUUAAACACACUGACCUGACGGCAAGCACGCCGUCUCACCUGUGACGGCUUUUCCAGGUGUUUCUUUCUCCAAAUGUAAAUAUUCCUCGUCAAAGGAUUAUUUUCUAUGUAGAGACUUUACAGAAAGUAUUUAUUGUUUGGAUUUGUUUUUCUACCCGACGAAGGAGGACGACCUUCUGCAUCGUUUCCGUUCUCCCUCAUGAACCUUUAGCAUCUCCUGGCUCCAUUGAAGGUCGUGACGUUUUUUUACUUUUCUGGCUGCGUUGAUGCUGCGUUAGGUCUGCAGGCCUUUGACGGGUUCACAAACGUACCGGCGUGGAACCCGGAAGCGAGCGGGGCGAUGCCGUUCAGAUACCAUCCAUCCGUUUAAUAAAAAUGUUUUUAUGGA